GUCGUCUGCUACAAUCCGAGGGCGCGCGCGUUCGCGUUCGAGGGGUUGUCGCUGGAGGACGAUCUUGACGGCUGCACGAGGAAAGCAUCCGUUGGGCAGAGACGCACCCGGUCUGUUACGGUGGCCCGACGCGGUCGUGUCCAAGGCUACGUUUUCCUCGCAGGACAAUUCGGUACGGUCGUCAAUGUGCGCCACUUGGCUCGAGGGGGUCGAAAACUGCACUAUUUGUGACCCGCCAGCUGCACGAGAUGCGUGCUUUGAAGGAGACAGCCAAGGGCUCGUGAGUCCAUCGUGAUUGUGCCGUGGAACGAAUCGCUGCUGCUGUUGUUGCUGCCUGUUUGCCAAAACAAAACUUUGUAGCAUUUACGCCAGGCAAGUGACAGUUUGCUCCUGCGCUCAUCUUGCCCUCUGUAGCGUUUCUCUCAUUGAUCACGUGUGCAAACUUUUUUAGCGAUGUACGGUUGGCCAAUAUUCAAGUUGUAUGUGAUUGAAUAGCAACUACUUUUCGCAUCAUUCGAACCACUUAGUGCUUAUUGCGUGUAAUAAGUAGUCGCAAUCUUUCGGCUACACUCGGCUGUUCAUGAGUUUGGCAGCUGAGCCUGUGAAUAUAUAUGCCAUAGACCACGAAAGGCAGUCUGUUUAAGAGCCACUUCGUUUCGUCGUAUGUGUCUUUAGCAGCGGUAACAAGAAAAUCUACCCUUAUAAGCGUUCUUGAAGAGCUUAGAGGCGACUCACAUUACGUCGACACGACUCCACGAGCCUGCUUUGUUGACCUCCGCUUCCUGCAGCUUAAUGGUCACUGACACGAGAGAACGAGCCGUGUUCCGUGAAAGACGCUAACGGUCCCGAAGAUUUAGACGGCGGUUACGUGCGGGCACUGUAUCAGCCAUCAGGGCGCUGUUGAAGAAAGGCUUCGGCUGUUUAGACAGGUCUAUUUCACCGCUUUGAGCUGUUACUUUCUUCAAUCUGGAGCCCACGUUUAUUGAUCUUGUUGCCAGUAUAUAAUUAGCGUUGUCAUUACAAAUUGAAGUAAGACCACUGCCUUUAUAGCGGCCAACACUGUUUCGGAUCGUUUCAUUCCGUCUUCGUCAAGGUCAAUAUCGGAAACAGAAUCAGACUUCAAAGACAUCCUGAAUUCUUUAUUUGCUAAGGGGAAAAAUAGAGAGGCUCGUUUAUUUUAAAGCGGUGAUCGUUUUGCUCAUUUUCGCUCGAGCUGAUGCUGAAAAAGAUGAAAAAAAUUUAACGACAUUUCUCAGAAAGUGCAGUACAAGGUAAAGUAAAUAUAGAGAAACAAGUUUAAACUAAGAUUUCUCUGCGAUUUUCUUUAUUUUUUGAAAGUGCGAGUGUUCUGCGAACAGCUGUCUCGAAUACGAAGCACUUAAAAACCGACGCUAAAAGGACACGAACGUUUUGCGUGGCAUAUCCAACACUCGAUCACUGAAGCAAUAAAGCAGCGGUAAAUAAGAUUGGGAGGUACAAGGGAGGUCAGUGCAGGCAGAGCAUUCUGUUUAUUCCGCGCGAGGCAUUCCCCAAGCGGCUUACAGUCGGCAGCAUCGAGAGAUUCGGCCGAGCGCUCGGUGUAUCCGCGCGUCAUGAUCACAGACGGAGCCUCGAGCUGUCCACCUGAUACGCAAACGGUGGAAAGCUGCAGAAUAGGGCAGCCGUAAGGCACAUCUUCAAGAACCGCCGUCUCGUCGCCUCAGAUUCCACGCACGCGAAGAAAUAUCCGCACCUCGGCAGCCAAAGCGAUCCUCUGAAGCCUCGAGACUCUGCCUAGCGGCCUCGCGAGAGCAUCGACAGGGGGACGCCCGUCUUCUGCGCGUCAUGGACCGUCGCAAGAAGCUUCCGUUGCGCUUGGGCCUGUCUUCGGCCGCCGUGCCGAGCGUGAAGGUGACGCUGCCGCCCAAGCGCGACCGGUCCCGCUCCCUGUGCGUGGACAGGCUGCCGCCGCUGAUCGCGCGCAGUCCGCCGGCCGUGGCCCGGGCCGUGACGCUGGGCAGGCGGUGCUCGGCAUCCGGCACCGCGGACCGCCUCACCGUGCACAGCUGCUACGGACACGGCUCAUCAUCGACUGACCUUGCUGCAAGGAGAGGAGUCUUCAGCAGGCGCCAUUAUGGCUCCGUGGAAAUGUUGGCAUCAUGCGAUGGCGACUCGGAAAACAUCGUUCGUCGAUUUCGAGUGGAGACUGGAGAGCGAUCCGACAAGGAAGAGGCCUUUUGGACGCAGGGAAAGGAUGACGUCUGCCUGUUCGGCUCACCGAGCACGCCCGUGCUGGAGAACCCAGAGUAUCAAACACGCUGGUACUUCAAGUAUUUUCUUGGCAAACUGCACCAAAACUACGUGGGUUGCGACUCCGAGAAGACGUGCUUCUUUCUGUCCGUCGUGUUGUGCGACUCCAACACGCAAGGCCUGCAGCAGUACCGUGCCAUCCUCUGGAGGAAAACGGGAGCCCAAAGAAUAUGCCUAUCCCACACACCGAACAAGCCACUUACAGUCAAGUCAAUACUGAGCAACUUCGAGACACUGGACAGGAUCGAAAAGGGGCCCAAGGAGAUCUUCACGCCUGACAUUCAAAAGGACCUGCUUUUGCUGGAAGAACAAGAGGGAUCUGUGAAUUUCAAAUUUGGCGUGCUGUAUGCUGAGGCUGGCCAAAGCACUGACGACGAGAUGUUCAGCAAUGAGGUGGGAAGUCGAGAGUUCGACCGCUUCGUCAACCUGCUUGGCGAGAAAGUUCGCCUGAAGGGCUGGGACAAGUACCGAGGAGGCUUGGAUGUCAAAGGCGACAUGACGGGCAAGCACUCGGUCUACACUAUCUACGAGGGCCACGAAAUCAUAUUCCAUGUCUCCACACUGCUCCCCUACUCCAAGGAUAACAAGCAACAGGUGGAACGAAAGCGUCACAUUGGGAACGACAUUGUGAAUAUAAUCUUCUUGAACGGAAGCUACGAAGACCACUGCAACUUCAAGCCAUCGAUGAUCAAGUCUCAGUUUACUCAUAUUUUUGCAGUCGUGUCUUACAUCCGAGAAGAGGAUGCUUACAGGUUGUCUCUGUUCUCGGAAGAGUCUGUGCCGCUGUUUGGGCCGUCGCUGCCAUGUCCUCCAGUGUUCCACAACCACCAGGAGUUCAGAGAGUUCGUGCUUGUUAAACUGAUCAAUGGUGAGAAGGCGGCCUUCAACACGCCAAUCUUCGCCCAGAAGCGAGAGAGGACGCUGGACAUGCUGAUCAAGGACCUCUACAACGAGCACAUGUCGGAGAGCAGGACGAACAUGCUGAACAGGCGUGCAUUCAGUGACGUGUUGCCAGAGACACCCAGAGGUUCGCGUCGCAAAGAAGAGGCCAGACAAGUGGAGUUCGUGCGGAUUGGACAGGCCCUGAAGCUGGACACCAUUGUAAAAGGGGAUGCUCCCACCAGUCUCGCCACAACUAGUCUCUUCAAACGAGAACCUUGGGAACCCCAAUGCUUCUACCCAGACUUCCCUCACGAUAUCGUCUGUGGUGAUUCUUGGGGUAACAACAAAUUGGUUCUCGGGACUGAGUCUGGAAUCUUUGUCAUCGAGGAAGGACUCACGCAUAGGAUGAUAUUCGACAAAACUGUACUGGUGAAGCAAGUCAGCGUGGUGGAAGCUCACGGCAUACUUCUAUUCAGAACAGACAGAGGAAGAGACAGCAGAGUACACGUAUUUAGACUCACCGACUUUGAGGGUGACUCGGCCAAUUCUCUAGUGCGCACGCGGGCCGACCUCCGGGACCACAAGCUGGAGCGAACCAAAGGGUGCCACCUGUACGCGCUGAGCCGUCCGGGUGGCUCGCACCUGCGCAUGGCGGCGGCCGUGGGAAGGCGGCUGCUGGUGCUGCAGUGGCGCCACUCGGCCGCCUGGACCACGUGGUGCGCCGCGUCGGACACUGACACCGUGGACGGGUUCCAGCUGGUGCGCGAGCUGCUCGUUCCCGAGGCGCCCGCGCUGCUCACGCUCGUCGACAGCCCCGACAACCACAUCUGCGUCGGCUACCGCCACCAGUUCGACCUCGUCAGCGAGAAGACGGGCGACGCCACCCGCCUGCACACCGUGGACGCCGCCAAGGCGCACCUUGUCGCAGCGCUCGACAUCUACGAGGACGACGAGGCCGAGCUGCUGCUCUGCUACAACCAUACAACACACUUCCAGAAGUUGAAUGACGAGAAUACGACGGAAUUCGACUUCCAGUGGAACGCUGUGCCUGACAACAUUGUGUGUGUGUUUCCUUACAUCAUGGCCUUCACGUAUGAGAGUAUUGAGAUUCGGCUCAUCAUCAACGGAAAUCUCGUGCACAACAUGACCAUGCCCAAGCUGAAGCUCAUCACUUCCAAGAGUGACAUCUUUUUCGUGAGCACCGCGCCGGAGUUCUUUCAAGUUCGGAAAGAGCGCAUUAAGGAAGACCGGAUGGAACGUGAUUCCAGCGUGUCGCCUCCAUCAUCGCCGCAUUGCGAGUCGACGGGUAGCACGGGCUCCAACGACGGAGCAAAGCCGCUGCGAGUGUACCGCAUUUCAUUCAGUUGCCUGACUGGCAAUUCACCCUGCGAGAGGCGGGUGCCGACACCGUCUUUGCCGUCACCACAGCCCCUGCUUGCCACGCCGUCCUUUGGGUCGUCUUACCUGUCGCCCGAUUUCCAGGAAGGGUCGCGACUGCGGCCGGACGUGCGUCCGAGCCGGAGCGCGACCGCGUCGCCCGUACCCCAAAUGCCGCUCCUGCUGCCCGGAUACCGAUCGGUGUCGCCCAGGCGCCCGGGACUGCACAAGGACCACACGCACUCCGCGAGCUCGGACUCGGGCCUGGGCAAGAGCGUCAGCUCUAGCCCUCCCCCCAGUCCGCACAACCACGACUAGCGCCAUGUCUCCUUGGGCUGCGCCACACAUCCCUGCGUUCGAGACUCCUUGAUCGCCGGGGCCCGGGCGACAGGCACGUCGGUGAAGCCGCCUAUUCGUCCUUCCUUUCGGCGAGACACUCGACGUUUUCCGUUGACCUUACGCGCUUAACAAGACGCGUGCUCACUUGUACACGACGCGGAGCGCCGAGCGGGGCCCGCUUUGACUGCUCCCCAACACGCCUCGUUUGCGCCCGCGCGAGAGGGUAUGUGCUCGAAGGCAUUGGAAAAAGCUUGCUAGUACACUUUUGGCCUCGUUUCACUUCGCUGAUAUAUUGUGUAAGAUCCUGUUCUCGUUUUCGUUGUGUGCAACCUGACGUUGUCUUCACUGUGCGGCACACUCGCACUCUAAAAUAUAUAUAUAUAUAUAUAUAUAUAUAUAUAUAUAUAUAUAUAUAUAUAUAUAUAUAUAUUCUUUUUCCUCAACAUCUGUCGAACUGUAAGCAAACACAGUAGAUGUCCGGUCACAUGCUUUCAUCGCUCAAACAAAAGUCGUAGUGGUGCCGUCCUUUCCUACGUUCGCCCUCUUGAUAUUUGUCACGGUAUUUCACAUCCGCAUGCUCGCAUACGAGCCGCUGUCUGUACUUUCAACUUUCGGCGACGUUCUGCGUACGUCACGCUGUGGCCUGUCAAGACGUCAAGGAUUGCAUAGGUUUUGUUGUUGUGGUUAUUGUUUAAUUAUGCCUUAUAAGCAUCUGGCGGCAGCUGCUCGAAUGGCUGGUACACGAGCAGCCGCACCGGUUUGGGGAGCAGUUCACGUGAGUGCUCUUGGCGCUUCGCUGGUCGGACGUCCGUGAGAGGCGUCCGGCAAAGCAGCGUUUCGAACUGCUUUCCUGUUUGAAACUGUUUGUUUGUCUCGUGCUUAUAACCCAUGUAAGUACGUAUACACAGUGUAAACGGUGUAGUAAGCCUCCUACGAGAUUAGCUGCAGAAUUAAUCUUUCACACAUUUGUUGGUUCCAGACGGAACAUUUAAGAUGGCCUCCAAAAAUGUGACCAUGGGAAACUGAUGUUCCGGAAACCCAAAAUGUUUCCAAAGGAAAAAAGAAUGAAGGGAGCUUGGGUUUGAACCGAUGGCCGUAUUUUCUGGCAAAACUACAGGCACAAGUGGUUGCGUCAUGCUUAAUAAGAACUUGUCAAAAAAUGUCAGAAAAAAAAACGAAUAACUAAAUGUCCUCUAAUAUUGCCAAUUCCUUAGCCAGACUACGUCUGCUAUCUGAAAAAAUAUGCGUUGCUCUUGUGGACUUCCAAGUUGUACUGAUGAAACUGACAUCAACAUCUGUUCGCGCUUCUUAUGCCAGCAGGUAACUUCUCUGAAACUAAAGAUGAGUAACUUGUGCUGCAUUGCUCGCCACAUAUCCGCAUAAUGGAUCUGAAGGAGUAACAGAGAGUGGGCGGGCAAGUUGAGUUUAAUGGUCAACUCGGGCGAUCGUUCGUUUUCCACUGAAAGCAACACGUUAACCGUUUACCAAGGGAUGCAGGAGCUGUGAUGGGUGUCGUAUCCCCCCACCUUCUUCUUACCUUAUUUGUUGAAUAUGUACCAGCGUACACAGAAUCUUCCCUUGCUUGUGAGCCUCCGUUGUUGUGUGACGUGCGCUUACACCGUUACUUUCCUGCCUGCCGGCGCUGUCGCUGUUUUCCGCGCCAAUGUUGCUGCUAGCUACCUUUGUUGCUCGAUGUUAGAAGAAAUGACGGGAAUUUGUUGGAUUUCUGCUAGUCUGACUAACCUGUCAUUGUGCGACGUCUCGUAACACACUUGUUCUUUUUCUUUUUUUUGAUUACGCUGGCAGGCAAUUUAAGUGUAUCAUUUCUUUCAAGAAGCUCACUUCCACCUAACCACUGUGUUUUUUCGCAGUGUUAUUGCGGGAGUGGUACUCUAACCGCUUAAACAGAGGUACCGCGGGAGUAUACACUGCCUUGUAUGUAUUGUAUAAGGUUGAAUGGAUCUGCUUAGAUUUUACAUUUAUUCUUAAGAUCCAGACCUGAAAGUGUGCUUCCCAUUCCUUUUCUUUCCCUCAAUUUUCUUUUUCAUACUGCCUGUCGUUUUCUCUCGUAAGGAGUAAGGGAAGCGAAUUAUUGCUGCGCGACAGCAAAGAAGCAAAAAAAAAUGUGGGAAAGUCGGUCGACAUCACGGUGUAUUUUUGGCUUGUUCUUCUGCAACAUCCAAGUCUUGCUCAUCCCCAAAGCGCUAUGAGGUGUCCGUGUAAGCUAGCUUCACUCUAGGGCUGCCCAGUAAAGUGGUGGCACAAGACGCCAAGUAUAUCGGGCUUCGUUUCAUUACCGCAUUGGGGGCCCCAUGCUGUCGAGGGGGCAACGCAAGCGGCUGACCGGGAAAUAGCGGCACGCAACAUGGCAUUCUUGUCGUCUGUGCUACACGCCUGUGUGCGACGAAACCAAAGACAAAAAAACAAACAAGUACACAACACCUGCUCAUACCCGUCAUGAGUUCAUCCAGUGUAUAAGCCUUACCUUUUCCAUAACAUACGUCAUAACCCAUCAGCAAUUAGCCCAAGAUGCUAAAGAAACCUCUCCGGGUGUGUGAUGUGCGACACGACUGCCUUUCCUUCUGGCUUGAUGCCACUCGCUGUAUCGACCAACAGUUUGUCACGUCAUUUCUUUCAUGCUCUAAGAAACUGUAAAGCUGUAUAUACACCGAGGACGUUAUGGCUGUAGAUUAGAAAAUUAAGCUGUCCUUGUUGUUUUUAGAGCAUCACAAAACACGCCAGCAAUCGUUCACGAGUGGCCAGGCGUUGAAUUGUUGAAGCUUGAACUUCGCGUCACACGCGUCUGCUUGUAAACUCAAACAAAUAAACAAAUUAAAACAGAAGUUAUGCCUCGAAACAGCUCCGCCAACCGAUGAGAGGUGCGUGAUUACGAGCUCAUUUGCGGGCAUUAGAGAGGCCGAUGUUAUAGUUUUGGCGCUUAACGACGGGUCUUGUUCGUCUUUCGUUGCUUGUGUGAUAUAAACGAAUGUUUGAGCCACUGUGGUAAGCGUCGGUGUUUACGUGAGCUCUAUAACCGUAGCUCUAACUGCAGUUUCAAAACACGAAAAAGCGCAUACCUAGAGCUAACGCAUCUAUAUCUACCGUUUCGAUCUUCAAUCACGUGAGUUUGCUCCUCAAUAGGGAACGCUUGCAAGCCUUGCAGUGAGUGCAACAGCGCAAGACUCACUUUAACCUAUACGAGCACCCACGGUGGCAUCUUCAAUCGAAAUUUGUAUGCCGAGACAUCUUUUUCUCUCGUUUAUAGCUUCCCGCCUAACGGGUUAAAAUUUAUGCACCCAGGGAGCUAAAUCCCUACCGUUUCAGCCAUUGCACACAUUUAAAAUUUUUCAAGCUGCUGUCCCUGUUCUCAUUUCACGUCGCUAUUUGCCUGUGAGUGUAUUCCACACUAAAAUCCUGUUCAUGCUCAAGUGUGUAAACUUCGGCAUUCGUUACGAUCAGGUAGCUUAGAACUUACGUGCAGCUGUGUGAAACUGUGCGUCUGCUGUAGCGGCUCCCCCCUUCCACGAAAGAGACCCACUUCCCAAGAACCUCGAGCGUUUAGUACUCGCACGCUGAAAGACGAUUGGAACAACCGACGGCGACGUGUGGGCGAGGUGCUCCGCCACCCUUUGUCCUGAUCUUGCGCUUGACAGAGAAAGGGUAGAGAAGGUUAGACGGAUUGCAGACGCAUCCAUUGCAUCGUACAGCUGGCCCAACCAAGGAACAUCGGAAGCAUCGUGCAGCUGCUGUUGGAGACCGGGGAGAAGACAAGACAAAUGCGCGCAAAGAGCGCCCGAGCUUAGCGAUGCUCCGACGCAAUGCGGAGUGCGAGUACAGGGCUCGACAAAACUUGUGGACUUAAGGAUGAGUGUACAGUUUGUACAACGUUUUAAUAUAUUUGUAAAACAUUGCACACGUUUUUUGUACAGCGAGGACAAACCAUCGCCACGGUAGCUUUCGGCUCUUUAGUGAUGUAGAGCUCGCGGGCGCGUACCGUCGGCGCUACUCGCCGCGACGGGGCAGCAAUCUGACGCGGCCCGGCCGCCGAGAUGGCGCAGCUCCUUCAUUUGUUUUCGUUUCUUUUGCCAUGGGUAACGCGGAGAAAAAAAAUAACAUUGUGCGUACAAAGGAGUGCUUAUUUAUUUUUGUAUGCGCGAUGCAUGUAAAUACACUCUCGAUACCGCAAAUGGGCGCAUAUUGCGUUUUCGUUUGGAUUCUGGUCAAAUUUGGGAAAGGGGAGGGGAAAAUGAGGAGGAGCUUUUUAAAGAGUACGAUGGACAGCGAAGGUAGUGGGCGAGUAUUUCGGCGCAAUGGGGAAAAAAUGAAGCAAGUAUUUCUUAGUUGUUGUUGAUGUUAUUUUCUUUUCUCCCAACACCUUGUUCUUGUUGUUUCGAGUGUUCACGUUUCUGUUGCUGUCUCGAAUGUGAGGUACAAGCCUUGAGAGUACAAUUUUUUCGAUUUAUUAACUCCAUCACCAUCGCCCCGCAACACGUCGUUGUUGUUACCAAGCAGCCUCUCCUCAGUGUAGCCACUAGAUGUAACGCGUACACAGGGUGUUCUUUGGUUGCACGAAAACCUCAAUAAGCUUGUGCUUUCCAUUCGCACAUGUAUAUCAACGGCAAGCGCUUUCUGUUUUACGUGAUCAUUCCCUGAUAAGGUUAGGAGACGUAGUAAGACGUCUGAGUGAAUUUGUUUUAAAAGCUAAAGUGCAACCAAAACAAAGGUCUGUAUGUAUAUAGAAGAUGUGUGUAUAUCAUAUACUCGCCACACUAUGGGAGCGUCUAUUAGCUCUUGUCUUUCCUCUCCCAUGUACGUGCGUCCACGGAUCAUCUCCAAAACUAAGAAGCAUUAUUUUGCUGUCAUGGAUGAAAAACGUUUUGUGCUAUAUUAUAAAAACCUGUGUGUAAUAUCAGCAAUAUAAGUGGAUUUUCGCGGAACUCUCUGCGUUGUCUCGGGCACUAGUUCAUGACUCAGUGAUCAUUCAUCAGUGCACCUUGGUGUUUAACUGACUUGUCUUUAGUUCUGCGUGUUCGUGUUUCACGUUCUUCUCUUCAGUCACUGGCAACGUCUAAGAACAGCAAGAAAGAAGGGGCAUUGUUUCAAGAAAAGCAGAUCUACGCCAACUCAAAUGUGAGAACUCGAGAAAAGAGAACUUCGCCGUGUAAAGCCGUAAACAGUCUGUGAUUACAUCUUUUCUUAAUGGUCAAGUUUUAUUAUAAGUGAGAUGGGUUGACCCGCCCUUACAUUUAUGUAGUACAGAUGUUAAGCAGUCAUGGACGCAAGCUCGGCUAUUGAAUCACACGUUCGUAUCGCUGUGGUGCGGGUAGCUUGCAAGACGUUAAGAGCACUUUUCUGAUUUGCUUUUGUGGUUCGCACCACUCAGCCUUUAAGCAAGAACGCAUCCAUGCAUAUGCACUCCGCUUUGAUACUGUCACCAGUAAAAAACUUCCGUUCACUCACCGACUGGCGGAGUGAAACGCUGAGAAGCGUCCAGCGGCAUAGUUCCGCUCAUACCUUGGAGUUAAACGCUAAAGUACGAAACGAAUGCAGUGCUGUGCUCCUUGGAGGCCAUACAGCUAAUAUAUAUUCUGAGUAAGAAAUAAAAGCGCUCAUUUAAAACACUCUAAGGGCGUCCGGCGGAACGUGUCGGGACGCUCACAAGAAGUUCCGCUGUGAACCUGGAUUGCAAAACAACCGGCGCUGAUGCGCGCCGGAAACAGAAACCGUUGGUGGCUCUGCGUCUAACGUGCACCUGCGUCUAGCCCACAUACAGUUAGCCAGAGCAUGUCUUCGUGUUCAUCUCGGUUACAGAUUCAGUCGCUUAGGCAACAGAUAAAGCCACGCGUGCUGGGGACAAAUUUUGUCAUCAUACCAAGUGACAUUGCUUCGGGGUACAGGCUCGCCAACGUCAGUGAUCAGCCACCCUGUUAAUAUUCUGAUUUAAAUGAUGAUCCAAUGAUCAUCAUGUUUAAUGCGGAACUAGGAGUCUCAGAGAACGAGGAAAAGCAAUGUUGCAAGUACACAGGCGUUCCAGAUCAAAACUGAUACGAAAGCAAAUCCGUGUGGCUUUGCAAAUGCUGCAACCUGAUUUAGUACUGUGCGGCAUCGGAACGCUUGCGCAUGUGCGUUCUUCCUAUAUGCAGAAAAGUAACGGUUCUUGGCCGGUACGUAAGCAAAAAAGGAAAGGAAAAGCUGUUCUUAGAACGGCGUUAUGAUCACUUUACUCUAAGUUUUGCAGCGGUUGAUCAUCACUUAAUUCAAGGGACGAUUAUCAAGUAAAAAUCUAAAUACUAUUAAAAACGAAAGUGUAUUAACUUUGUUUUAAUGUCAUCUACAUCGCACUGAGUCUUGAUGGCAAGGGUAAAACCUGCUAAAUAUGAAACUUCUCCUUCUACUAUAGGAAGCUGAUUACCGCAGUUCAACUCAUUUUCCUUUGGGCAUUGUUCAAAUGACCUGAAUGCUAUUUGAAACGAAGCCAAGAAUUGGCCUACGGUAGUGACAGAAAUGUGCGAGUGGCUGCUUCUAGCGGUUUUGCUUCAGAUAUGACGUUGACCAUGUUCAGACUAUAUCGUUCUGAGCAUUUGUGUAUUAUCAAAAAUGUGCACCUUCCCCAGCUUUGUCACCUUUGUAUGGUAUAUGUACAUAUUAUCUGUGUUUUCAUGAUCUUUAUGUUCAUGUUGAUUUGUUAGUGUUUCAAGAAUAAAUUAAUAAAAGCUAUGUUUUGCACAAUA